AUGCAGGCCACCUAUCGAGUCUUUCAGCCACUCCAAGACACUAUAUUGGAGGUUGACGAUGAGCAAGAUGCAAUGACAGAGCUGAUGGAUGCAUUCAACGUCGACGGAAUCAUGAGUAUGGACACGACCAUUGAUCCUACGAUUGUCAUCACCGCUGUACCCUCGGACAAUCCCUCGUUGGGACCAUCCUCUGCCCCAUCUUUGUUGCCAUCGAAGGCUCCGUCCAUCCAACCUUCAUCGGCUCCAACAACUUUCACACCAGCCCCCACGGAAUCAACAAUGCCCUCGAUCUCGCCAUCAGUCAGUCAGGCACCCUCCCCUUCAGAGCCAACAACUUCUGCGCCUUCAGCUGCACCAACUGUAUUCCCAAGUGCAACCCCGUCCACAGUUCCCACUGCAAGGCCUACUUUUUCCCCAAGCAACUUCCCAAGCUCUCCACCUUCUGGGGGUAUCAAAGGGAUUACCACAAUUGUUCCAACAGAUCGACCCUCCACAACUCCAUCUGCACUCCCAACAAGUGGUCCAUCGGCAAGCCCUUCUUCUGCUCCGACUUUUUCGCCAUCCUCUGAACCUAGCAAAUCUCCCACCGGCACGCCCUCUGCCUCCCCAAGCGCGUUUCCCACUCCCACACCCACUGUCGUCGGCUGCCCAGGAGUGUCUGCCGAAGCUCGUAGAAACCAAAUCUUGGCAAUCUUGCAAGGCGCUACGGCCGUUCAAGACCCCACAGUGCUCGCCGACACAUCCACCUCCGAAGGACAAGCCACCGAAUGGUUGCUGAACGGAGACGCCCUAAAAAUCUGCCCAGACGACCCCAAGAUUGUCCAACGAUGGGUGCUUGCCGUCAUGUAUUUCAGCACCAACGGGAAUGACUGGGACCAAUGCUCUGACAACUUGCUCGCAGAUGAUGACUGCGGCAACGAAGAGCCCUUCCUUGGGAAGCAAAGAUUCCUCAGUGGCUUUAACGAGUGCGAAUGGGCCGGCGUUUUCUGCAACGAAGAGUUGUGUGUGACGGAAAUUGAGUUUGAGCUUCAACAACUGGUGCGGUAUCCCUACAGAGAUGGGGCUCUUGACCCAUUUGGAAGUUUGGGGAAUGGAACGCGGCACGUUGACAGGAACAAUUCCGACAGAGAUCGAAUUCAUGACCAACCUGCACUUUUUGGAUCUAGAUUUCAACCGACUGACUUUCAUUGUUGA